AUGAGACGAUUUAUAAUAAACCAACGUUUUAGACAACUUAACACUUUUUAUAACUUUCAUCGACAAAUAGAAAACGUGCCUAUACGAAAUAUAAGAUUUUAUCACAUUUCACCAAGGGAUCUAUUUAUUAAUAAAGACAAUGGACAAUAUUCAGUGAAUCAAGCAAGAAAAUUUUCUCAAUCUAAAGUAAAUGAACAUAAAGAAGUUGAACCGCCAAAAGAAGGGGAGGGGUAG